UUUUUUUUACCUAAAUCAGUCAUGAAUUCGAUGUCGACUGUUAAAAACGUCGUCUGCUGUUAUGUAUUUCUCUUCAUUUUAUCAGUAUUUGGCAGCAGAGAGGACGUGCGGGCUACUUUGCAGAUAUGCAAAAAAGGCCUGGAUGUUUCUGAUGAAGAGCUAGAAGCGUUUAUUAAGCCGGCUGUCCCAAAGACCGAUUAUGAGAAAUGCCUGUGGGCUUGUACAUUAAAGGCAUACAACAUCAUAAAAGAAGGAAAGUACGAUCCGGACAUGGCACUUGAUGUUGCGAGGGACAUGUUAAAAAAUAGGCCGGAAGGGUUGAAGAAAAUUGAAAAUUUCAUCAAUUACACCCGCCAAGAAGUUGAGGAGAUGGAUGACGAAUGUGAGCUGGCUAGCGAAAUUGUACACUGCUACGGCAAAUAUGAAAAAUUUGAAGAGGAAUUCGAUGAAGACUAUCCUCAAGUAUCAAGACCCGAUACGUAUGAAUCGCCUGGGUUUCGUUUGAGUCCCAGCAUGAUCAUGGCAGGAGGUAGGCUUGCCCUCAGGUUCCUCAUGAACGGGAUCGAGCAGGGCGUGGGUCGGUUUAUCCCUGGACUCAAGGAUAUAAUAGACGGCUGGAAAAAUUACGGCCUCGGCAUUAUUCGCCCUAUGACAGGAGAUCGACCUGAACCAGAUGACUUUUGAGAUCAGCUCUGCGCAGAAACAUCAUCAAUAAAAUAACUAUCAUUUUCACGGCUCGAAAUAAGAUAUUAAAUUAACCACCAGUUAAAAUUGUAUAAAUGUAAGUGAUGAUUCAAAAGUGUAAUUGUUUAAAGUCUAAUUUAUUGUUGCUGACUGUGUGUCAAACGUGUUAUUGUGUUUCAUCAGUCAAGCAACCAGUUUCCGUCAUUAUCUUGUGUAUGGUCAUGUAUGGUCAUUUAUUUUAAUUGUUAUGAAGAAAUGUAUUCAAAAUGUUCAUUAAAUCUAGUAAAUUUUGUGACUUAGUAA